AACGAAUAUAAACGGUCGUGCGGUUUGUUCGUAGAACACAAUUAAUUGGAGGGCCGCCGUAGCAGGACCAGAGUUCUAUUGUGUUGUGGUUUACUGUAAGUGUAUGUGAUCCUGUUAGCGAAAUUCAAUCGAGAAGAUGCCGCCAUACAAUGUCCCACAAACGGACGCUUACAGUGUCCCAUCAUCGCCUCUAGGCAGUGAUACGAAUUCCAACCAUUCCAGCGGAGCAAAAAAGAUCAAAUAUGACAGUAACUACGAGAACAUGAUCUUUAGGGCGGGCUACGCCAACAUGCAAAAUGAAUACAUUUACAAUCAACAGCGAAAGCAUGCGCUCAAGGUGCAAGACGACCGCCUCUCCAUAACCUCAACAUCUUCGGUAUUCUCGUCCAUGGAUGGAUACCCCUCAACUCCGUCACCAGAUUUCGCGUUAAGCUUGAGCCAAACUUCGUCACCUCUUUUUAUGGGUUAUCAGCAUACUCCUGCAGAUCCACCGCCGUUACGAUACUUUCAACCAGCAACGGAAAUUCAAUCACCCGUCUCCAUCAAGGCUUCUGCCGAACAUAACUAUGCUGUCGAUUCUCCUAAUCGUUCUGCAUCAUCCCCAGAAGCGGGAUCCGAAUUGCUUACUCCAGAACCAGCUAGAAAACCAGCUCGUGGUCGUAUCCUAUCCGAUUCGGGUCAUUCGACGAUACCCGAACCGGAUGAGAUCAACCCACUAUGCAUGAACGAUUGGUUCCGGGAUGCGGUGCGACCUGCGUUUAUGGAAACAUUGCAACAAGCGCUCACGAGGAUCGAUACCAAAUCUGCCCAGCAGAAAGAACAGUACAUUGAAACGAGGAUCAUUGAAUUACCUACGGAUUUGGAAUACAACCCCAACAAAUCUCGUCUCCGCAAGGUGUACGAAAGUCCAACGGAAGCAGCCGAGCGGGAGCGGAACAACUUGGCCUCGAGGAAGUCACGUUUCAAGAAGAAGAUCGCCCAACAGAUUACCAAUAUGCAUCUGGAGUUUGAUCGCAACGAAAACUCCGAUCUGUACGCCAUGCAGAACUGGAUGGGACAGGUAAUUUUCGAACUCGAAUCCCUUUGUCUCGACAACGGAUUAACUAUCGAGUGUCUGCUCGAACUACGCCGACAGUGCGGAUUUUCGCAGAGUAAUCUCGAUAAGAUGUACACAGCGGGGUCAACAACUUUGUAGAGUUAAGUUUU